AUGGCCGAGACACAAAACGGACAAUGUCUUGAGGAUGAAAAAGAUGAUAAAAUCACCAGUAACUGUAAUGAAAAAAACGCAGACCCACCCAAAGAAAUCGUUACCAUAAACAUUGACAAUGUCGAAGGCGGGAAAACUGACAGCUGUCAAACGAAAGCGCGCGAAUCGAAUGGAAAUGGCGUCGCUUGCGACAAUAAGGGCAAGCUUGAAUUGCCGAAGGGCGUUAUGGGAGCGCCCAGGAGUGGACACAGGAUGUCGUUUAUGGAAGAGGAGAGUGCCAAGGAGAGGAUGCGAAUGGCUCUACUGAAGCAGUGCUCGGCCAUUUUGAAGCAGGGCGAUCAGCGGUACAACAAGGAGUCAUUGCACCGCACCUUCCAAGAUGAGGUUCGUAUUUCUAUUCUUACAUUUACACAUACUGGC